AGAGAGAGAGGGACCAACAUAUUAUGAGCAGCUUGGCCUAUACAAGGACUUGAGGGAGCCAGGCAAGAGGAUACUAUAGAUCACAGACAGUGGGCAUCUCAGCUGGGAGACUUUCAGACUGGAAGCAGCCUUCACCCACAUUCCUAGAUGAAGGGCUAAGAGGGAGAAGUCAUCUCAAAUGUGGUCAGAGAGGCUCCAGCUAGCAGAACUGGACCCAGAAAUGUGAGUUUCAGGUUGCCUGAGCACCUUGGAGAAGAUGAGAUGACUCUCUCUGUAGGUGUCCAGGCAGGGGAAGAAGAACUACCAGGUAGGAGUAUUGAAGAAGGAGAAUCAACAAAGGAAGCUGAAUUAAAUUUUAGUUCUCAGUUCUUCAUUAUCUGCCUUUAAGGAGUCUGGGUAGAGGAGACCUGGGCCCUGCUUGCAGGCUCUACCCCUACAAGAACCAUCUUCAUCAGAGUUGAGCACCUGCUCUCCCAUUUGGGUGCCAUUCCCAUCCCAAUUUAGAUUCAUAAUCAUGACCUCUGGACUGCAUAACCCUAAGGUCUGUGAGACAGGAAAGGUGAGAUGGGGAGGUUAUGGCAUAAUGUUUUAAGCACACCUGGAGUGGAGGUAAGGGCAGGGAUGAGGAGGUGGGCUGCCCGAAGAACGCAAGAAGAGCUUGAAGAGGAAAGUUUGGUCAUGUUCUGAGACCAGGGUAUCCUGGAGUAGUUGACCUCCCAAGGUAAUUUUUUUGGUUGUUGUUGUUGUUUGGUAUUGGGGAUUAAACCCAGGGUCUCCUGCAUGCUAAUCACAUGCUCUACCAUUUAACUACACACCCAAUUUCCCAAGGUGAUUUUCUAACACCCAAACAGGCUUCCUCUCUCAUCCUAGAAGCACCUAUUUGUCUACCUUAUCUUGAGUUAACAUCUUAAUGCCAAGAAAAAAUCCUUUAUGAUGAAAAAAGUAAAUUUUUAACUAUUCUCAAGUCACUACCUUAUCACCAGCUUCAGGAGGGGGAUCCAUGAAUGGGUUAAGCUGAGUCAGUAAGAGAUUGUAAAAGGGUUCUUUAAAACCAUGUUAGCUGGGACCCAUGCAUGUCUUGAGACUGCAGAGAGGGGCUGGACCAGUUCUUCAGGAUUAUAUAACCUUAUAAAGAAGAGACCCCUGUGUUAUCCAUCUGAAAAGGUAGUUUCCAUUCACCAUUUAUAAUCCCAAAUGGUGGCAUGAAUUCCUUUGUGGUAAUUUUGGAGCCCCGUGCUUGUAAAUUGUCUCCAGGUAACUAAGCCUCAGGCCUUCAGAGCCUGUCAGAAGAGGGAAUUGGGGAGAAAGCUCCAGCGUAUCCUGCUCUGGCCUAUGGCACCUUCUGUCUCUGUCUCUGGCAACAGAUGUGGAAGGAGCAUAAUGAGGCCCAUGUAUCCAGUCUCCUCAUGGAGCCACCAGUACCUCCCUCACUUCACUUAGAAAGUAGGAUGUCAGUGAUCAGAUGUCAGGGGCCCUUAUGCCUAUUUCUUCUCAUGGGCCUGAACACUCUGAUCUGAUGACUCACGUCAUUGACUUGGGUCCUUCCAGAAUCGACUGUCAUCUUCACCGUGCCUCCUGUUGUGAAACUGGAAAAUGGCAGUUCAACCAACGUCAGCAUCACCCUGGGGUUGAAGUGCCUCCCGGAGUGACAAAUUCCUCUUUUCAAGUGACUUCUCAAAAUGUUGGACAAGUGACUGUUUAUCUGCAUGGAAAUCAUUCCAAUGCAACCAGCCCAAGGAUACGCUUCUUGGUGAUCCGUAGCAACACCAUUAGCAUCGUAAACCAGGUGAUUGGGUGGAUCUACUUUGUGGCCUGGUCCAUCUCCUUCUACCCUCAGGUGAUCAAGAACUGGAGGCGGAAGAGUGUCAUUGGUCUGAGCUUUGAUUUUGUGGCCCUAAACCUGAUGGGCUUUGUGGCCUACAGCGUGUUCAACAUCGGCCUCCUGUGGAUACCCUACAUCAAGGAACAGUUUUUCAUCAAAUAUCCCAAUGGCGUGAACCCUGUGGACAGUAAUGACGUCUUCUUCAGCCUGCAUGCAGUCACCCUCACCCUGAUUGUCAUCAUGCAGUGCUUCCUGUAUGAGCGAGGCAGCCAGCGUGUGUCACGGCCUGCCAUCGGCUUCCUGGUACUCUCGUGGCUCUUCGCCUUCAUCACCAUGAUUGUGGCUGCAGCUGGGGCAACCACAUGGCUGCAAUUUCUCUUCUGUUUCUCCUACAUCAAGCUUGCUGUCACACUGGUCAAGUAUUUUCCACAGGCCUACAUGAACUUUCACUACAAAAGCACUGCGGGCUGGAGCAUUGGCAAUGUGCUCCUGGACUUCAUAGGGGGCAGCUUCAGCCUCCUCCAGAUGUUCCUCCAGUCCUACAAUAAUGACCAAUGGACAUUGAUCUUCGGAGACCCAACCAAGUUUGGACUUGGCGUCUUCUCCAUCUUCUUUGAUGUUGUCUUCUUCAUUCAGCACUUCUGUUUGUACAGAAAGAGACCAGGGUACGAGCAGCUGACCUAGCACCCAGAGACCUAGCGUAAAUGGCCAAGACCCUGGGCCCUGGUGGGUAAGGCUGCACCCAGCAAACACCAGAGAAGAGGUUGGUGUGCAGGGCUGGCUCAGAUGUGCUGACAGAGGAGAAGUGCUCUCUUCCUCAGGGCCAGUGCCUUAAACUCAACCAGCCUGACUUCAUCCAGUUCUCUCUGGGACAGACACCUGACUCUGCUCCAAGACUGAAAGCUAGACCUCCCAGCCUCCCCAGAAGUCUCAGCCCCUCCCAGGCCUCAAGGGCCAGGCAUCUGGCCCUCCUGCAUCGUGAUGCUCCAUCUUUUUUCUUUAAGGCUUCAGGCAGCACACACAGGUCCUGACAGCCAUCUCAGGUGGAACUGGGUGCAGAACUUGCAGCUGAAGGCCUUUCCCCAAACAACCAAUGUUUCUGGGAGCACCUCGAAGGGCUGACCUUGCAGCCAGGAGAGCCAAGGGCACUUUGCUGCCACUGCUGUGUUCCUAGAGACCAAGUAGCCGGGUGCUGUGACCAGUGGACUCAAAGGUGCUGGUGCUGGUGGCGGAGGGGCAAGGAUUUGGGGGUUAGGCCUUGGGGUCCUUUGUCUGAAGGUUCCCAAGACUCUCAUUCUACAUAACUCAGAUUCCACAACAGCAGUACAGAUGGCCCCGGCCAGGGCCUGGUGAAGAGGAUUUCUGAACCUUGAGAUGCCUGCCAGAUCGAUUCUGAAGUGAACUGAUGCCCAAUGCCCUCUGGAACUUUAUCAUACAAAGUCAGAUACCACACUAACUCCAUUCAGGUUUUUGAAGGGAUGUUAUGGAAGUGGCAUACUUUCUUUUGUCUUUUCUCCUACCUCCACUUUUUGAGUCAGAUGGAGUCCAUCUGAACCCACAGUGCUCCUAACCCAGCACCUGUACAACAGGACACACUCUACCAGCCUGUGCCUUAGAGGCCUGUCAGACCUACCAAGUGGUAAGCAUAUUUCCCCCAAGGGGAGGGCAGGCCCCCUUCUCUUUUCCCAGGCCCCUGAGACCUCCAAUUUGGGGGCUUCAAAGUAAUUGAUACUAUCUCACACAAUGCUUGUGGGCAUAAUCUUAAUCUCAAACCUCCUUCCCUCCCACCCCAACCUAUUGUCCUUCCUAGGGCAGGAAGAGAGGGUCCCAGGAUGUGCCUUGAGUUCGCUGGCCCACACAUUUUUUACUACAAGGCCAAUGUAAGCGGCCUAUAUCCUUUUUGUUUUCAUGGUGCUUGUAUCCUUAAUUAAAACCUGGCUUGUUUCUUUCUGCACA